AUAUAUGUGUGUGUGUGUGUGUGUAUAUAUAUGUUCUUCCCAUUUAACCUCCCAUUUUCGUCACGACUUCCUGUUUUGAAUCCAAACCCAUUAUUCUUUUCCAUCUCUCUCAAAAGGGUUUGAUUUAGUUUCUUCUGGGUCGCCGGAAUCCAUGGCGGUUCACGCUCAGUUCUACCCUGAAAACCUUGCCUUUCCUUUCGCCGGAAACUCCACGGAUGCCGUCUCUCCGCUUUGCUUCCAGAAACCGCCGACUGAGUUCUUCUCUGGUGGUGGUGGUGACGGUGGCUCUGUUUUUAGCUUUGCGAAGAAUCCCAACAGAACGGCCGUUGCAGCGGCGGGGUUUUCUCAAUGUGUGAGUGCCCAUGUUGAGAAACAGCGACAAGAGAUCGAUUAUUACAUCAGAGUUCAGAAUGAGAGCUUAAGAAUGGCGUUGAGAGAACAAGGAAAGCAACAAAUUACAUCAUUAAUGAAGAAAAUCGAAAUGGAAGCAGCAAUUUUGUUAAGGCAAAAAGAAGAAGAGAUUGCUAAAGCUGCUAAGAAAACAAUGGAACUUGAAAUUUUCCUGAGAAAAUUAGAAACAGAGAAUCAACUAUGGCAGAAAAUCGCUCAAGAAAACGAAGCAAUGGCCAUGUCUCUCAACAACACAUUAGAUCAAAUGAGAGAAAAAGCUUCUAAUUCCAUGGAAGAUGCAGAAUCCUGCUGCGACAUGAACUCCGCCGCCGCCGUGGAGGAAGAAAUCCGACCAGGUUGCUCUGUUUUGGAACAGGGGAGAAUGAAGAACAGGAUGAUUUGCAGAGAGUGUAAUCAUCGGAAUUCGACAGUGAUUCUGUUGCCUUGUCGGCAUCUGUGUUGCUGUAAGGAUUGUGAAACGGUCGUGGAUUCAUGUCCGGUUUGCAGAACGGGGAAGAAAGCGAGCAUAGAGGCGAUGAUUUUCUGAGAAAAUCCCAGAAAUUUUCUUUCCCGGGAAAAGGCGAGAAAAUCAGAUAGGAAAAUGUCAAUAGAAGAAGGCACUGUUCUUCAACGUUUCUAUUUUUUAUUUUUAUUUUUAUUUUUUUACUGUUUCAUCUGAUUUUGGAUUGGAAAAUUGUACUUUGAAACUCUACCAAAAUGAAGUGGACAGAUUAUUACAAGACAGAGU